AUGUAUGAAGUUGGGGAACAUCGGAUAUGCCGGUGUGUGAAGACGGGGGUCAUAAUCGACUCCAGCAGUCACAUCGGCGCUGUUGUAAAGCUUCCAGGGGAUGAGUGGAUAUACAAUGACAACACUUUUGUUUGGCAGGAUGACGGGACUGGCACAGUGAAGAUGCCAGAUGGAUAUAAAGAAGACUUUCAUUCGGUCUCUUUUGAAGAGGGCCUAGCCUACUGUUUCUCCCGAUUCGCUGCCAACCCAGAAGUACUUACCCUAUUUCGUUUUACGAAUAAGCACGGGAAACGCUACAAAGGGGGCUACAUAAAGUGGGUCAUCGACGAAAACUGCCCGCGUCCUAGAGAAAGUCCCUCCAAAACUUACCUCAUGCUCAAGGACUGGAAGCGCGAUCCAAGCCCUCAGCGCAUUGUAUGGCGAGAGGGUAGAUCAGAAUACCAGGAUAUAAAAGGCACGCCGGAUACUAACACUCAGUGCUGGCUCGCGGUUGAAGCCUUUGUGAAGAAAUGGGAUGCUACGACACUAUGGGGCAUGGAUCAUUGUGACUUUGUUCAUCGGCAGAUCUGGGAUAACUUGGUUGAGCAUCAUGGCUUUCCUGUGUUGAAACGGGGAUACCUCCCCGACUCAUGA